AUGUACGUAGCUCUCGCCUUUUAUUCGUUCCACACUGCGUACACCACUGUAUCUCAAAUCGGAAAGUAUCAAGAAAAUAAUAAAUUACGGAACUACGGUGCUGUGAUUGAGAGAUUUGAAAAAGACCUUAAAUAUAUUCUUGUUUGGUCAACGAACUCAGAACAAGCUGAAAGUCUCUUACAAUACGAGGGACAAGAAACCUUCAUAGAGCGAGAUUGUCCUGAAAUAAAUUGCUACAUUACAACAAACAAGACGAUAUUAAACGAUGACUACGAGAAUUUCGACGCUAUUGUGUUUAACAUGAGCAUAUUCUGGCAACCCGGGGGUUUCUCCAACCUCCCAGAGCACAGGGCGAAACGUCAAAAAUAUGUAUUUUACGGAAUUCAACCGUCCGACAGCCAUCCUAUAUGCAACCUUCGCAUAGAUAACUUCUUCAACUGGACGUGGACUUACAAAUUUUAUUCUGAUAUCUACAGUCCUUUUAUUGAAGUGAAGAAUCUUGUGGGAAACGUUGUGGCUCCGAACAGGAAUGUGAUUUGGAAGAACGACUUGCGAACUUCGACCAAAAGUGACGUAGUUAGAGUGAGUACUAAGACGAAGGCUAUAGCGUGGGUUUUGGACAAUUGUAGAACAAACACAUACACUACGUUUGGAAUACAAAAGUUACGCAAAGCUUUAAAAGAAUUUAAUUUGACGAUAGAUGUAUACGGAUGUGGUAAUUUGAAUUGUCCUAAAGAAGGAUGUUCGGAGACUAUCCAGAGAGAAUAUUACUUCUAUUUAGCUUAUGAUGGGAGUAUUGCGGAGGAUUAUGUAACUACUGAAGUAUUGAAGGCUUAUCAUAAUGAGGCUGUGCCCAUUGUGGUGGGAGGUGCUGAUUACACCAGGUAA